UGCCCAGCAGGGCUCCCCGUCAUAUACACAUAGGCUGAGGGCUGGCUCAGUGGCAAGUACCAAAAUAGUUUUAGAAACGACUGUCCAGCUCAGCAUUGAUACAGGGUUCAACUUGUGACCUUCCUGCCUCAGCCUCCCAGAGCACUGGGAUUAUAGAUGUAUAUAACUAUGGCCAGCCCAAAUAUUUUUUAAAACCAUCUCAGGGCUGAGGAUAUAGCUAAGUGGCAGACUGCCUUCCAAGAUGCAUGAGGUUCUGAAACUGAUCUGCAAACCAAACUGCAAAACCAUAAGAACACAACAACCACAAACAACCUCUACCUCAAGUGCUGCCUAGUAACUCUGUUGUAAGAUACUGAGUGGACAGUGAGUCCUCCCGUCCUUGCGUUGGUCUCCUUCGCUGACUCUGCAAUCCUCCAUGUGCUCCAGUGCUCCAUGACUUGAGCACUUAAGAGAUACUGGGGCUAGGAUUAAGAGUCAGCUGCAGUUACAAAUAUGUUUUCUCUGCAAAACUGUGGAUCUCUUCUCCCUCAGGCUUGGUGUCUCGUCUUAGCACCCAGAGAACAAGUGAAUUUGUAACUUUGGGGGCAGAGAGUAGCAUUUGAGGUAAAGAGGGAAGAAGCACCAAUGCCGAGUAAGAGGACGGGGCCCUAGACUGAUGGGCUCCCUGGGAGCCCAAGGGGAAGGGCUGUGCUGGGCUGGAUUUCUGCAGAGUCAGUAGGGAGAGAGGCAGUGCUCUGAGGGUGGUCAUGACCUUCACAGCAGAAUAUAAAUCCAGGGUUUUAUCAGUUUCACUCUCACUGCUGCUGGCUUGCAGGACAGCCCUUCCAGAGUAACCGGGUGAAGGACUCAGAGAUGGAUGGUGGCACAGUCCACUUCUGCACAGAUGAGGAGUGUGUCUCCCUGCACUCCCAAGGAAUGGACCCCGUGACAGUGGCUCCUAUUGUUCCCAAGAUGCGCAAGCUUACUCAGUCUGCCAUAAUAGUCAUAGCUGUGUCUGUGGUUUCCUUUCUUGUGGCUGUCUUUGUUGUGGCUCUACAGUUCCGGAACCGUACACUGGAGGAGCCUGUUUCUUUCCAAGAUGUUCAAGCCAUGUUUCUGGGAGACAACACUACUGAACAGUUCUCUGAGGAACCCAAUCAUGACUCCUAUUUUGGGAGGCUACAAGAGUUGCAAGAGGCUAUCCAGAUCUGUAAAAGCCACAUGGACAGUUCCAGCACCUGGCAUGUGGAGAUGCAGAUGUUGAAGCGCAGAGUGGACAAUGUCAGUUCUCAGAUCCAGGGCCUUGAGGGUUCUCUGGGAGACACCAGUGCUGACAUUGAGAUGGUAAAAGGUGCUCUCCAGGAAGCUAGUGCCUUGGGUCUGCAGACUCAGAUGCUAGGAGGUUCCUUGGAGGGAGCUAAUGCUGAGAUCCAGAAGCUGAAGGGAGAUCUGGAAAAGGCAAAUGCUUUAACCUUUGAGACCCAGGAUUUCUUAAAAAGCACCUCAAAAAACACCAGUGUUGAGCUCCACAUGCUAAGCAGAGGUUUGGAAAGUGCGAACACUGAGAUUCAAAUGUUGAAGACGCGUUUGGAAAUGUCAAAUAUCCAGGCCAGUUUGGCAAAUAGUAGUUUAAAGAAUGCAAAUUCUGAGAUAUAUGCUUUGAAAGCUCACCUGGAUAGUGUCAAUGACUUAAAGACCCAGAACCAGGUUUUAAGAAGUGGUCUGGAAGAAGCCCAGGCUGAAAUCCAGAAGCUAAAAGAAAGUUUGCAAAAUGAAAAUGCUCUGAAUGCCCAGACUCAGACCCUUCUCAAAGGUAGUUUAGACAACACUGGUGCUGAGAUCCUGGCACUGAGAGGCCAUUUGGAAAGGACCAAUAACGAGACGCACCUGUUGAAAAGAGAGUUGGAAACCAUCACGGCCCAGACCCAGCUAGCAAAAGGCCAUCUAGAGCAGACAGAUGCUCAGCUUCAGGUGUUAAAAGUAGGACUAGAAAAUGCCAAUACCUUAAACUCCCAGAUUCACGUGUUAAGUGGUCAGUUGGAAAUUGCCAGCAGACAGAUACAGACACUGAAACAAGGAAUGAAAGAUACUGCAGCCUUAAGUUCUCAGCUGCGGACAUUAGGGAGCAAUCUGCAGGAUGCCAGUGCUGAGAUGCGGAGAUUAAAAGGGGAUUUAGAGAACAUCAAAACUCUAACUGCGAAAAUCCAGGAGGAGCAGAGUCGCCUGGGGACCCUCCGUGCAGCCAUUGCUUCUCAGGAGCAGCUACAAAAGACACAAAAUCAACUUCUUCAGCUGAUCCUGAAAGGCUGGAAGGUCUUUGGGGAAAACAUGUAUUACUUUUCUCAGGCUAAGAAGACUUGGUAUGAAGCUGAGAAGUUCUGUGUGUCCCAGGGAGCCCACCUGACAUCGGUCACCUCUCAGGAGGAGCAGGCAUUCAUGGUUCAGAACACAGGUGCCUUUUACCACUGGAUUGGCCUCACCGACAGUGGUACUGAGGGCUCUUGGCACUGGACAGAUGGAACACCAUUCAAUAAGGACCAGAGCAAAGGGUUUUGGGACAAGAAUCAGCCAGACAACUGGCUACAUGCCAAUGGGGAGACUGAAGACUGUGUCCAUAUGCAGAAGAAGUGGAACGACAUCCGCUGCCAAACCUUCUUCCACUGGGUCUGCAAGAAGUCAAAGGGUCGGGAGGUGGCCUGAGGCAGGCCAGAGCCAUGGGUCCUUCCGGACUACUGUGUUGCACCCUCCUCCCUGACACUGAACUCAGCCUGUCACCUGCGGCCUUCUAUCGCCUUUUGUUUCCUGCCUUGUCUUUUCAUUUAGCCCUUUCAAACAUACUCACCUCCUGUGACCCAGAGGGAUCAGUAGCUCCUCCAGGAGGAGCCCCGCUGUGUCUGUUUUCCUGCAGCCCAAGCCUCAGAGACAGCAGGUCCUCAAUAAAGACUCACUUAGUGAACACAAACCCGUGUUUGCUUGUCCCUGUGACGGCCUCAACACUUGCUUUUCCCUGAACUGCCUUUCCUUCCCUCAAUGUCCCUUUUGUCCUGAACCAAGCAUACUUCGACCAUUAAUCCCGACAUGUCAACUUCAUUAGCUUAAGAAAAGCCUAGCAAAGAAGUAAAGCAUGCUCCUGGGUGAUCAUGAAGGCACGGCCUUUGGUCCCAAUGUGGUCCCUUGUUAUUGCCCUGCUCUGCUUCCUGGUUGCUAUGACAUGAGCAGCUAGGCUCUUCCACGUCCUUCCCCAUGAUGUUUCUGCCUUGGAGUCAGCUGAGGACUGACUGAAUGUGUGAGAAAUUAAACU